AUGACUUACUAUGAUCGAGACGCUCUUGACACCUUCAUCGCGGAAGUCAGCGGUGAGCUUCGCGAUCGCCCUAUGCGAGCAGCCAUCGAUGGCAAGAUUAGACACUUUUUCAAGUGCAUUGACGAAGCGGAUUGGGAUGGUGUGAGAAUGCACUUGAGCCUCGAUGCGAAGCUCAUCGGCGACCUCGUCGGUCCGGGAGAUAUCUUCAUCGGCAUCGAUCGCGUCAUGAAAUGGUUCACCGAAGCCAGAAACCACAACCAGCUCACUGCUCAUCAACUUCUGCUCAUUGACCGAGGUCGGGUUACUUGUUAUGUCACUCAUUUCUGGAGCUUGAAUGCCGACGACAUGGACAGCAAGCCUGAGUUCUGCAAGACACGCGAGGUCUACAUCAUUGAUCUAGACGAUAGUCAUCAAAUUCGACGUUUUGAGCGUCGAUACCAUGAGCAAGAUGAACUGCUAUUCGAUGGAGGCUUUAAAGAAAUGAAAAGGGCAUUCGAGAAGGCCGAGUUGCACGCUAUUGAACUGAAAGAGACUUUCUAA